UUAAAUGAAUCAGUCCAGUUCGUAAAUAUUAUAAUGAAAACCUUAAGAUUUUACAACGGCAAUGAAAUUCCGAUUAUUGGAAUGGGUUCGUUUAAAGGCCAACCUGGUGAAAUAGAACAAGCGAUACAAGAUGCAAUAGAAGUUGGCUAUCGUCACAUUGACUGUGCCUGGUUUUAUGGCAACGAGGCGGAAGUAGGAACUGGAAUAAAAUUUGCAAUUGCUUCUGGAAAAGUCAAACGCGAAGAUCUUUUUAUAACAACCAAAUUGUGGAACAAUUUCCACGACAGGAAGAAUGUGAUGCCUAAAUUGAAAGAAUCGCUUAAAGCUUUGCAGGUCGACUAUGUUGAUUUGUAUUUGAUUCACUGGCCGAUGGGAUUCAAAGAGGAUGCUGAACUUUUGCCAACCUCUCCCUCAGCUUACAGCGACGUAGACUAUCUCGAAACCUGGCAAGGAAUGGAGGAGUGUCUAAAACAAAACCUGACAAAGAACAUCGGCGUCUCCAACUUCAACGAAGAGCAACUGGAACGUUUGCUAAGCAAUUGCGAAAUCAAACCAGUGGUGAAUCAGAUAGAAGUCAACCCAAACAUGAACCAAAAACAACUCCGCGAUUAUUGCAGUAGUAAAGGAAUUGUUGUUACGGCUUUUACUCCUCUUGGCAGGAAUCUGGCUGUGCCUACUGCCACAGGACAACCGGCUUCGGCUCUGGCUGAUCCAAGAGUUAUUGAAAUGGGCAAGAAAUAUAAUAAAACACCCGCUCAGAUAGUUUUAAGAUUCCUGGUUGAUAUGGGUAUUAGUGUGAUUCCUAAAUCAGUUAACAAAAACAGAUUGGCUCAAAAUAUUGAUAUCUUCGAUUUCCAAUUGGAUAAGGAGGACACGGAGUUUUUGAAUGGUUUAAAUAAGAAUAUAAGAGUUAGUGCAAGUUCUGCAUACAAAGAUCACAAAUAUUAUCCUUUUGAGAAGUAACCAUAUAUUGGUUAAUAUUAACAAGUUAUAAAUUUGUAAACAGGGUUCUGUAGUAAUAAAUUUUUUUGAAAUACUGUUAA